CUCUCUCUCUCUCUCCGUGAAGUUGACAUCGUGUGUUGACACGUGGUCUCAUGUAAGGUACCAAUUUUUGGAUGUUUUACUCGGUUAAAUCCUCUUCUAAUGACCGACCUGUAACCCUGCGUAAACCUAUGGUAACCCUCAUGCAAUAAACGGAGAACAGCACUUUCCCUUCGUGUCCGGCUGAGUUAUAUUAACUUUCCUGAGCAACCCGUGAGGAUCUAGCCGGGAAAGGUACGUUUCUGAUUGACUGAUUCGACACACCUCGGCGAGCUCCGGCUGCUACUGACCUGCGUAGUGAAGGAGAGGACAAGGCAGGACUUUUGUGUCUGGAUUCUAUGGACAAACGAGCAAAGCAGCACUACGUGAGCAGUGAAAAAUGCACAGUGUGUUUUAAUACACAUCUGAAGAGAUUGAAGAGUUUCUAAAUUCAUCUUGCGCAAAUCGCACACGAGUUGGCGUGAACCUGCUGAAGACCAUAGACGCCAAACAGCAUGUAAUCGAUCAGCUAGUUGCAGUGUUUGAGGAUCUCAAAUCAGCUGUUCAUGGGAACUCUCCAUAUGCAGCAUCCCCAAAGAGGUGUCGAUGCAAGUGAAGUAGGCCAUCAUUAGGCUGAAGAAAAAACAACCCAAAACAGUCCCAUCAGAGACAUAGCAGAAACUUUAGGAGUUCUGAUGCAAGAUUAACACAAACAACCAGCCGAUCACGUCAAUACAUGUUCCAGUUCAGUUACUUGAGAAGUCAGACCGGAGUACUUGUUCCACAUGUUUUGAAGUUUGAAGACCCUUGUUACAAAAUGUUAUUCUGGCAAGCUCAAUUAGAAAAGCUGUGCAAAUUAUUGUAGCAACGCUGCCACUCCAGCAACUAACUUUUUCACUCGAAUCUGAAAAGCAGUCGCCUGGCACAACCUCUUCAGAGAUGUCGUCGACGCAGGAAUCAGAAGUGUGUGAAGUGGAACGUGACCAGUAUUGUAUGCCUCAGGACACAACUGCAGCAGAAGCUCGAAGGAAAUCAGAAGAGUCCCUGACUCAGAAUGUGACCAACUACAUAUCUGAGCAGCAGCUUGGAGACUGCCUUAAAAUUCAACACCAGAAACAGACCUCUUCUCAACUCGUACAUUUUCUAAGAACAAGUAGAAAUAUGGAACAGUCGAGUUUCGCAGGCUUUGAGGAGGGGGCGUUUGUGUUAACGCAACAAUUGAAAAGCAGAACUGUAACAAAUAGGGAUCCGGAGUCCAUACAAUUACCAAGUAUUCACGAGAAGCCGAUCGUUUCUGAGACGGACUAUCCUGUACCCGUCUUCAAAGUAAAAAACAUCAGCGCAGAGUCUGUGACCUACAGAUGUAUGAUUUUUACAAACUCUGAGUUGUGGGAUAUUGGGGAUAUUUCCACAGAGGUGAAAAAUUCCUUGCAAGUUUCAGCAGCCGAUGAACGUUUGUCUUUUGCUGACCACGAUGACUCCCGUAUCCUGGAUCCAUUUACUCCGAGCUUCUGUAUUUCAUGCAAUGAAUCGAUGACUUCAGAACAAAUGAAGCACCAGUGUGGCAUGGAAGCGGUGAUCAACAGGUCAAUGGAUGGACAAGAGGCAGCAGUAAGAAUACCUGAAUUUAAGAUUAAGAAAUUUGAAGAGAUGCCUGUUGUUGUCACCCAUGUUGUUAGCCCAGGGAACUUCUGUAUCCAGCAUAAGGAGAACAACCUACAGGAACUGUCUGAUAUUAUGGCAAAGAAAAACAAUAGGUCCUAUGCUGAAAUAAAUCGCAUCCCAGAUAUCGGCGCUUACGUAAUGGGAUGGAGCACUGAGCAAGAGUUGUGGUGCCGUGCCCAGGUGACCAAGAUAUGUGGAAUGAAGAAGGGAAGUAGUCCCUUGUCCAGCAGACAUGAAGGCAUGAAAAACAUUGAAGUGGAGAUCAGGAGAAUUGACUAUGGAGAUUCUACUUGCCUUUCACUUUGGAAUAUCAAGGAGCUUUGUGGAGAAGUUGCUAAAAUACCAGCACAAGCGCUACAAGUCUGUCUAGCGGAUGUGAAACCAGUGAAUGGUGAGAGCUGGUCCACUGAAGCAGUCAGUUGGUUUAAAGACACCGUGAUUAAGAGGACACUGUAUGCUAGGUUCUAUCCAGAGGGAAGCAGAGUUCUCGUGGAGCUCUUUAUGGAGAAGGGGAAAAUUGGUGCUAUGAGGAGAAGUUCUUGUCUGUCUUUGAGACUGGCUCAAAACGGUCAUGCCAGGCAUGAGCGAAAGAGCAGCAUGCAUCUGAAAACAAUGUGUGAUUGUCUUCUAGGUUACGCCCACGAUCAAUCAAGGAAACGCUCAGCGGAAUGGGAGAAGUAUCUGAUUUCCUGUUACGCUCAGAACAGAAAGUGACGCAUCUUGUAAUAUAAGGACGACAGUUAAGACAUUCUUGCUUUUCACCAGUGAAUAACUUGUUAUAGGUUCGUAAGAGAAAUUGACGUUUAACUCGACGCAGAGCCUGAAGGUUGUUCCUUGUCUUUUACUUUUAAAGAUGCUUAUUCUCUUAAUACAUUCGUGUUUUUUUUGUUGUUUUUUGUCAGUGUUCCCAUCAAUUAAUACUGUUGAGUUGUAAUACUUCUAUUACGUCGGGCAUGUGGUAAUGCCAAAGGCUUUUGACGGACUGGUUCGACUCGUUUGUGAUCACAGAGAAUGUUUUAACUGACAGAAAUGAGUGCGUUCGGACAUUGCAAAUUGUAUGUGUAGAAAUGGUUAUUUAACCAGAACGAUGUUCGCGGCAGAUUGGUUGUAGUGCUGUGUGUUUGUGUUAGUGUUUUGUGUAUAAUUCUGAUUUGUGUUCGUAAUUUUCUGCAAAUUAAAACAAUGGCUUAAAACACGCACAUUAAAAUAACUUCUUUUUUUUUCCCCUUGCAAAUGUUAAAUCCAUUUUGUUUUCUUUACUCAGUUGAACAAAUCAAGACCUUACUGUAACUGAGCCAGCCAGGUAUCAUGCUGCUGUUAGAAUAACCUUAAACUGAAGAUCAGCCCAAAGUCAUCUUGCUAAUUUUAUUAAUCCUGCAUAUGUAAUCUAUAGAACUCAAAUACUUUGGUAUUUUAAAAUGAUCCUAAAUGCUAAGGUUCCAGUAAAGGGAAAUCAUUAAGCUACAGAAUACAAAGACAUUUUAGUUAAUUGUGUUUUUGCAAAUGUUGUGGCAACAGUUUGGGGAAUAUGGCCCACAUAUGGGUCUGAUGAUUAGGUGUCCACAUAUAUUUGGCCUUAUAGAGUAUGUUUCCUCAGUGGCAUGUGUCGCGACGUCCUUUUUACGACUCAGAGUGCUCAUGGGUAUUUGUGGCUAUGGCAUUCCUCAAAUUCUUCAAAUUCUAAUUUGGCUAAUUUUGCCAUUUUGGAUUUUGUGAGAAGCACAUGCGGAGAACUUUUUAAAUACUCCUCCCUAGGCGAUUCAUGUGAUCGUCACCAAACUUGGUCAACAUUAUGCCAAGGCGAUAAGUUAAUGCGUAAAAAAAACGGGAAAUAUGAAGUGUCUCACAAAUUCAGACUUGAGCUGUAUGUUUGGUCAUGAGGACCGAGCACAUGGAUGUGACUAUCGCGAAUCACGGUCAUAGCGCCACCAACUGGCAGCAGGAAUUGUCACUGAAAGCAGGCUUUUAAAGUGCCCCUAUUAUGCUUUUUCAGAUGUUACCUUUCAUGUAGUGUGUUAUAGAGCUGUUUGUGAAUGUAAAAAGUCUGAAAAGAGACUUCAGUACUUCCGGACUUACUUCCUGUACGAACCGAUGUUAGUUUGUGU